AUGCAAAACAACUUGAAGAAGUUGAAAAAGCUUGAAUUUCGUGUCAAUGAAUUGUAUCCCUGUGCAGAAUGGCAAGACAAUGUGACACCUCUGUGUGCAGCAGCUGCCUGUGGUAAUGAGGAGAUAUGUGCAUACCUUUUCACACAGCGUGCAGACCCCAACAUACAUUCAACGCAAGGCUUAACACCUUUGCUCUAUGCUGUGAGAUGCCAGGCGAAAGUUCAUCUAGUCAGACAGUUAUUACAUGGAAAAGCUGAUCCAAACUUGGGGAAGACAUCACCAAUUUUAGAAGCGAUUUGCAGAGGCAGAAAGGAUAUCGUGAAACAAUUGCUCAAAUAUGGAGCAGCACCUGAUGUAAAUUAUACCGUCUACUUGAAUCCAAAUAAAGCUUUAGUUGACCAAAAUAAAUUAGUUGCUAACAUGCUACAAGAGCUAUCUUUGGAAGAUGAACAGCUGUCAAAGUAUGCUUUAUUUUUCAAUAUAACAUGUGAUGUGGUAAGUAAGACCCCUCAAGAAAUGUAUCGGUUGUACCACAAGGAUUUUUUGGAGGUGCACCCAAGUAUACAUGAUAGUCUUUUUGAUAGAAUUAAUGCUCUUCUUCGAAUGCAUCCUUUAGCAGAUGAACAAAUGGCCAUUGAGUGGCUAAAAGAUUCUCAUAACCUGAACAGAUACAUAGAAGCGACAAUUGAACACUUACCAAAAGUACCUUAUGCGCCCCAACAGCUUCACGUAAUGCAAAGUUUGCAUUUAGCUUUCCGCCUCAUGGAAGAAAUCCCUCUAAAGAUUUCACAUCAGAUUGUACCAACUCUUUUACAAUUUCUCAAAACAUCUCAGGUUCAGAAUUAUCAAAAUGUAAUUGUAAUGAUUUACACCAUUAUGCAAAAGACCCCUAUGCAGAAAGAUGGAUCAGAUGCCCAGUUUGUGAAGAAGUUGUGCGAGGGUAUAGUCCCCUUCACAAAACCCGAGCACCGAGGUCUCACUGGAGUUUACACCUAUGGGAUAAUAUCCCACGUGCAUUCAUUUCUACCUGAGAUUAUCACAGACCUUGGGAUCACGUCAGUACCUGAGAGAAUACUGAAUGCUGCCGACAGCCAGAUGGAUGACACUUUGAAAAGGAAAGUGAGAGAACUGAAUGGAAGGUUAACAGAGCAAUGUUCAAAAGAACAAACAGAUGAGGGGAAAAAACAGAAGAAGAAAGGUUCCACAAAUGAUGUGGAGUCUGGUUCGGUGAUGGGUACCUCUGAUUGUGAUUUUCCAAAGAGUUCAGUUCAGGAAGCAUGCUCUGCUGAUGAUGGUUCAAGUGUCAAACCAUUUCUUCCUGUUACUGGCACAGAAAGCACUUCACGACCUUGGUGCAAACUCAGUGUUCGCUGGGGGGAAAAGCUAGAGAAUCUUGCUAGUAUGAGAAUGACAGAGGUUAAAACUGUAAAGAAUCUCACUUUUUGUGACAAUCCUGAUUACCUAAUUGCAAAAGGUAGUGAUGGGACUGAGGUAUUUCUUGGCCUCAGAGAUGAUGGCACUGAAGUUGCUAUCAAGCGUAUGACCAAGUCAAACUACCAGCAGCUCAAACAUGAGGAAGAGUUCUUACGCCUGCCGCAGCUGGACAGUCCCAAUAUUGUGCGAUAUGUUGACUUUGCUGAGGAUGGUACCUUUGGAUAUUUAGUCCUGCAGCUUUGUGAGUACACUUUGGAGGAAUAUAUUGAUCCAAAGCACCAUCAAUUACCAGAUGAUGUUCCAAAAAAGAUGGAUGUGCUGAAGGGAAAAGUGAAAGAAGUCCUCCACAGUUUACAAGUCCUCCAUGAUAAGAACACCAAUGUGCUUCACAGAGACAUCAAGCCUCAAAAUGUUCUGAUUGACAUCAGAGGAAAGGCAAGACUGGCUGACUUUGGCAUCAGCAGAAGACUGAAUGUUGGACAAACAUCGCUACACACAAGCCCUGCUGGGACCAAGUGCUGGAAGUCCCGUGAGACACUUGAAGAGGAGUGCCAGGAGGAACCUCAAAAUCCCACUAAGAGUGUCUAUAAGAGAUCAUCCGAUAUCCAGGUUACAGGGAUGUUGAUAUACUACAUCCUUUCCUGUGGACGUCAUCCGUUUGGGAAAGGAGGUCGCUGUGAGGCCAACAUUCUGGAUGGGAAGUACGCUCUUGAUUGGGUCGAGGAUGAGCUGGCGAAAGAUCUCAUCGAGUGGAUGAUCAAGGCUGAACCCAGUCACAGACCGAGAGUGGAGGAAACACUUACUCACCCCUACUUCUGGACCAGUGACAGGAGGCUAGAGUAUUUGGCAAAACUUGGUGAUGAGAAAGAAGCCGAAAAAUACAGGAAAGCUGACGAGAAGCUCCUCAAGGAACUUGAUGACUACACAAAGGAUAAAACCUUCUACAACUGGAAAGAUAAGUUUCCAAAUGUCGAAAAACUGGAUAAGAAACAAAGCGAGCCCUACCCUGACAACACACUGGCUAUGAUGCGCUUCAUUCGCAACUAUGAACAUCAUGUUGCUGUGACAAACAAGGUUGACCUGAUGGGCCUGUUUCCUGACCUGUUCCCAAGUCUCUACAAGUUCGCCAGAGCUAAAGGCUGGAACUCGCGACCCAGCUUGGAGAAAUUCUUCAAAGGGCCUGCCUAAUUACAGUACAUAGCCACUGCCUUUGAUCACAUACAGCAGGUAUCACCAACGUAAUGCCCGCGGGCGCCAGGAAGCCAUCCAGGAGCUUCUAAGGUGCCCACCA